AUGUCUCUCAAAUUCGUCACCCUCGACGUCUUCACCACCAAACCCUUCAGCGGCAACCCGCUCGCCGUGGUCUUCCUCCCCGCAGACCCAACCCACCAACUCACGCAACGCCAAAAGCACCUCAUCACCCUAGAAUUCAAUCUCUCCGAAACCAUCUUCGUCCACCCCGUCACCGACCCCACACAACGCACCAUCGACAUCUUCACCAUCGAAUGCGAAAUUCCCUUUGCGGGCCACCCGACCAUCGGCGCCGCGAACUGGUUCCUGUGUCAAUCCGCCGACACGAACAGCCCCGUCACCAGCCUGAUUACCAAAUCGGGCGAAAUCCCGAUCAGCAUCCAAGACGGGGCGAGCGGGACCGUCGCGGCCAAGAUCGCGCAUAACACGCGUAUCCAUGCAAAGCGCUACCCACUCCCGGACAUGCUGGCGCUGCAUCCGACGCUGAAGCCGUAUUUCGCGGCCGAGGGCGCUGGGUUCCCCCUCUUCUCGAUCGUCAAUGGCAUGAGUCAGACUUUUAUUGAGCUGCCCACCCUUGAGGCUCUGGCGGCCGUUGGCCGGGCUUCGAAUGGCGAGCUCAUCCCGGUAGCCGACUAUCUUGAUGACGGCUGGCAAUCCGGGUUGAUCUGCGUGUACUUUUAUGUGCGGGAUGUGGAUGACGAGGUGACGGGCCAGAAGGUGAUCCGCACAAGGAUGAUGCUUAGUGGAAUCGAGGACCCGGCGACGGGUAGUUCGGCGAGUGGACUGGCGGCGUAUCUGGCGUUGACCGAGGGACAGGCCGGGGGCGAGUAUCGGUAUCACUUCGUGCAGGGAGUGGAGAUGGGCAGGAGGAGUGAUAUUGGGGUGAACGUCAAGGUGGACGGGGAAGGCAAGAUUGGCGAGGUGGAGUUGACGGGGUCGGCCGUGAGGGUGUCGGAGGGUGUGAUUGCCGUGCCGGCAGUGUAA